AUGUCUGCCAGUGGUGUCAGUGGCAGACCCCAGCAACUCCAAAACACCCAAGGCAUACCAAAGGCACAGCACCCAGGUUUGCUGAUGAGUCCCCUCGACCAGAUCGCUAAAGUAGUGCUCGACUCCAGCAAAUCCAAGUUCGCCUCUGAUUUUGAGGGUGAUGAGAGCCCAGAAAGUCUGAGGAAGCGGAUCAGUAUGCCAAGGAGCAACUUGAUUCAACUCAAGAGCUCAUGCGGGGGCGGUCCGGUCCUCUAA